ACUCAGAGCAGAGGUAUUUCGCCACGGAGGGACCGUCAGGGUGAGACUGGAGGCAUCACCAGGAGACGGAGAAAAGCACACCGACGCGUAAACGGGGAGGGGGAUGGAUGGAGGGAGGGAGGAGACGCGUUGGAAGUGAAAGGAUGCGCGGAGCGGCUGGCAGGGCGCAGAUCUGAAGAAGAGAGUCCCACCGGCGCGCAGGAAGCCGAGCCCUGGUUGCUGCCUGGGCGCGUCAGCCGGAGGUCGGAGAACCUCAGCAAGGAGCGAUGUCUUGGCUGUCCCCGGUGUCGUGGGCCAAGUGGACGUGGACGGCGGUGCGAGGCGGGGAGGAGGAUGAAGAGGGGCAGGAGGAGAGGGAGCACUGGGGAAGGAGAAGAGAGGAGGAGGAGGAACAGGAGGAGGAGGAGGGGAGAUCUCAAGGCAGCAGCUCGGACUCGGAGGGUCACUUUGACACCCCUGAAGCGGCGACUCCCGUCCGCGCCCCUCAGCCUGUCCCGGGAGAGCUGGAGAACGCCGCCGCCGCCAAUGCAGAGCAGACAGAUUUGGAGCAGGAGGAGGACCUGAUAGUGACCGUCCCUGUCGGGGAUCCAGAUUCUGCGCUGAGCCAAGACAUGGGUCAGGAUGAGCCUGUCGUCCCUGUGGGAGGUCAGGUCGAAACAGAGGUCCAACAUCAAGACGAGCACCUGGCAGAGCAGCCUUCAGAGAACCUGGAUUCCUUUCCCGUUCCUGAUCCAUCCUCGCCGAAGGAAGAGGCUCAGAGCAAAGCUGUGAUAUCCGAGCCAGCCCAAGACACAAACCUCAUCCAUGACAUAGACCCAGCCCCAGAUCUGGCUCCAGUUCCAGAGCCUACCUUUGGCCCAGAGCAGGACUCUGUACCAAGCAGUGAACCUGCAGCAUCAAGUGCUUCACAGCCUCCUGAGGAGAGCCCUGUUGCUGAUCCAGAGGAACCCCACAAUGCUCUCCUCAGCCAUGCAGAACCUCCCCAGGAGACUAAAACUCACAAGUCCAAGCCUCCAUCCCUUAAAGUAAAGGCCCCGGCAAGUCCUGUUCCUCAUACAGAUGAGGAACAAGAACUUCCGCUUCCCAAGGCGACGUACAACUUUGACCCAGACCAACUGGAUGACAGCUUUAACCCCUUCACCAGCGGCGGAUCCAAAAUCCAGAACUCUCCCCCACCGUGUGGUUUGCGUUCUCCUCCCAGCCUAGAGCAGCUCUGCACGCCUUUCCCUGCUGCCGAGGCCACCAUGACAGCGCAGGCAGACUCUGAAACCACACACGCAUCUUCAGAGGCAAAGCCUGUGGUUCUGGAGUUUGGCCUGGACAAUGGCGCGGUCCGAAAGCCCCCUCCGAAGAAACUAGGGGGCAAAAGGGCAACCGGCAAAAUCGCUGCGAAGAAGCAGAAGCCAAAAGAUUCAGAGACUUCUUGCAAACCAGCGCCAGAACCGGCAGUGUCCGAGGCGCAGCCCGAACCAGCGUUAGAGACGGCUCCAGAACCGCCUGCCCAAUCUGCGCCGGAGCCCGUUUCAGAACCGCUCUCCGAACCCGUCGCGACGGACUCCUCUGCGCCCCUGAAUCUGGACGACGUCCCUAUUCCCAAAAGCGGAACGUAUAACUUUGACCCGAGCCAGUGGGACGACCCGAACUUCAAUCCCUUCGGCAGCAACAGCAAGGUGAGCAGCUCUCCGGUGCUGCCGAAGGGCUCGUACAGCUUCGACCCGGACAACUUCGAUGACUCCGUAGACCCUUUUAAUACGUCGAAAUCCCUGAACAGCGAGGAUUUGUCCUGCGGCGCCCCUCAACCCGAGACAAAGGCAAAGGAUCAAGGCAAACAGAAGGCGAGGCAGACCCCCGGGGAGAAGAAGGCGAAGCAGAUUCCAAAGAAGAACAAGGACAAGGCAGCCGCGACGUCUGAACGAGUCAAGUUUCUCUGUUUUCUGUUGAAUUCCUGUAAAGUGCAGAAAUACGAUGAAAGCCAGUCGUUGGUCCUCGAUGUGUGCAGUCAGGGGGAGGAUGAAGUGGUGGUUCAGACCCCAGAGAUCACUCAGCGGGUUCACCACGCCACAGACGAGGAGAAACUGGCCUCCACCGGCUUGAUCGGCCAGACGACAGACUGCCGGGAGGAGAGAGGAGGGCAGGAGUGCUGCAAACCAGCCGCGGAGAAACAGCCGUCCAGCGACGUCGCUGUUGUAGACGGUCCCGAGACGAAGAUCACAGAUCGUCCGCUGGAGCCGGACACUUUCGGUCUGAAAGAUGAUAUAGGUGAGAUAUCCACGCACCAGACUGCAAAGCUGAGCAGCGGUGACGACCCGGAGCCGUCCGCCCUGUCGCAGGACGCCGUCCCUCUGACUGAGAUGGACAAAGCUGCAGUGCUGACCCUGAUCAGAGAGGAGAUCAUCACUAAAGAGAUCGAGGUCAGCGAGUGGAAACAAAAAUACGAGGAGAGCAGAGCGGAGGUUAUGGAAAUGAGGAAAAUAGUGGCAGAGUAUGAGAAAACAGUCGCACAGAUGAUCGAGGAUCAGCAGCAGAACAAGAGCCUCUCCUCCAGUAAGUCCGUCAGGCAGCUGACUUUAGAGAGGGACCAGGCCGUGGCCGACCUCAACUCGGUGGAGAGGUCCUUCGCAGAUCUCUUCAGGAGGUAUGAGAACAUGAAGGGAGUCCUGGAGGGCUUCAAGAAGAACGAGGAGGUGCUGAAGAAGUGCGCGCAAGACUACCUGCUCCGUAUCAAGCAGGAGGAGCAGCGAUAUCAAACGCUAAAACUCCAUGCCGAGGAGAAACUGGACAAGGCCAAUGAGGAGAUAGCCCAGGUGCGCGCCAAGGCCGACGUUGAGAGCGUGGCGCUGAAUGCGAGUCUGAGAAAGGAGCAGAUGAAGGUGGAGUCCCUUGAAAGAGCUGUCCUCCAAAAGAAUCAAGAAAUCGAGGAGCUGACCAAGAUCUGCGACGAGCUGAUCGCCAAGCUGGGAACAGAAUAAUAAGCCUUCAGAUACUUACCUCAUCAGCUCCCUUCUGCUUAAAGCUGCAGUGGGUAACUUUUGUAGACAUUUAUUUUUUUACAUUUUUGUUAAAACUGUCACCAUGUCCUGACAGUAAGCCAGAUCAUCUGUGAAAAAUAAUCAAGCUCAUCUCCCUCCUCCCAGUGGUCCUACUGCCAUUUGCAGAAAUGCACCGCUCCCGGACAGAAACAACCAAUCAGAGCCAGGAGAAAUGUCUGGCUCUGAUUGGUUGCUAGCGGUGUCAAUCACUCUUGUGUAUGGGCUGCUCACAUCCUCUCCCCCUGCACAGCGUCACCGUUGUUCAGGCCCAACAUUGGGCUGCAGCUGUGUUGAGAAAUGGCAGAGAAACACGCUGCUUUACAAGAAAUCUGCCAAUUUCUGGAGUGGCACCUUCUCAAAAAACAAAGACGGGUAAACAUUGAAGCUGCCCAGCAUUGGAGUGAGGCCUGUAGCGUAGCAGGGAGCGGACCUGUGAGGCAUGCUUGUUCAAACUAAAUCCGCUGUUUUCUCAAAAGUCCCUACUGCAGCUUUUCAAAAUUCCCCACUGCAGCUUUAAGCCCAGUAUCUGUGAUAUAAAUCCUGUAUAUUAGCACAGUUUAGCACAUGCUAAAGGACCUGACACGUGUGUCAUGUCAAAAAAAAAAAAAAGCUACACAAUCCUCAUCAGGUGUUUUUGAUUUUCACCAUCAUAAUUAUCAAAUGUUUAGUCAAAGAGUUUCAAAGAAUAUGCAUCAUGCAAAGAUCUUUUGUUGAUACUUUUGCGGGGUUUUAUUAUUAGGAAUUUCCGUGAUCGUUUUAUACCGCAUGUGUUCAGAGUAAAGAUGACCUUUUUUUUUUAUCCCAGCACAUUUUCCCUGCAGUGACCUCUGUGUGAAGGCUGCAGAAAAUAUAUUUAUACUGAGUGCCUGAACUGAACUUUUUUUUACUUUUCUGAUCCUUUUCAUAGUUCUUGUUGCCUUUUAUUUUGAUGGGUUCAUAUUUACAAGGCUUUGAAGUUAUUUUUUUUUAUUUUUUAUAUAUUCCUCUUUGGCUGCGUUAACCCAAAGUGUACAUCAUGUUCUCUAAAUAAUGUGGUUGAAGCACUUAAAAAACCAUCUCUGACUUGAUGAUAUGCUUAUUAUGCAGUAAUAUUACCCAUGUGCCAUGAUGCUUUUUUAAUGCUCUGCAUUUUUCUGGUUUGUAUUCACAUUAUUUCUGCGAGCCAAGAUGUUGCCGAUGUGUCUCUUUAAUUUUCUCCUUUCCAACUGUUGCCAACGUAUACUGUACACAGUAUAUUUCCAGUAGGAUCAUAUUUUGAACUUGUUAUAAAGAGUUUGCAGUGGUAUGGCUUUUCCUGUGGCUCUUAAAGGUGUUUAAGACCUGUAUCUUUUGGAAGGAGUUGUUUGAAUUGUUCUCCUGUGAAAACAUCCAGCUUUUCUUUUCUUUUCUGGUCUGAACUUGAAGGAGUUGUUAGAAGCAACCUUGGUCUAUUAUACAAACAUGACAGAUUUUUGUAUGAAAACCUUUCUUUUACGUCUGCACAAUCAGAUGCCAAAUAUCACGGUGGACUGAAACGGACUUUGGUGUGACUCCAUGUCCCGUUGUGGUGAUGUCGUGUUCGCUUGAAGCUGCUUUUCGAUGAAAAGUCCAUUGUUUUGGUACAAUGUGUAUAUUUUAUACCUAAUGGGAAGAACAUUCAGAGUUAUGUCACUAAUAUUUGUAAAUGUUAAGAACAGAGUAUGUCCUGAUUGUAUGUUUACUGCUCUAUUUUGUGAAUUCCUGAAUAAAUGGUUAUGAUUGCAUUUAUAAA